AUGUCCGCCUUGCCCCAAAAUACAGCGUCUUCUUCUUCUUCUUCGAAUACGUCUCAUUUAAUUCUUUUUCUUCUUUUUUUUAAUUUUCAUCUUUUUUCUUCUUUGCUUUUUCUUCUUAUUCAUUUUAUUUUAAAAUUUUUUCGUAUUUUUCUUUUUUCUUGCUUUCUUUUUUUUUCAUUGUUUCUCUUUUCUUUCUUUUUUUCUUUACUUCUUUUUUUUCUUUAUUUUUCUUUCUUUAUUUUUCUUUCUUUUUUAAUUCUUUUUCUUACUUUGUCAUUACUUUUUCUUUUUUCUUUACUUCUUUCUUUUUCAUUAAUUAUUUUUCUUUCUUUUUCAGUCUUUCUUAUUCUUUCCUUUUUUAUUUCUUUUUCUUUCUUUUUCUUUUCUUCUUUUUUCUUUCUUUGUCAUUACUCCGUUUUCUUUUCUUCUUUUUACAUUAUUUCUUUAUUAAUUACUUCUUUUAUCUUUACUUUUUUAUUUUGCUUUCUUUUUCAUUACUUCUUUUUUUCAUUAUUUCUUUUUUCUUUAUUUCUUUUUUACUUUUUUCUUUCUUUUUUCUUUCUUUUUCCUUACUUAUUUUCUUUACAUCUUUUCCUCUUUCUUCUGUUGCCUUCCUCUUCUCUUCCCAUUUUACGAUUAUUUUAUUUUUGCUAUUGUUUCUUCUUCUUCUUCUUCUUCUUCUUCUUCUUCUUCUUCUUCUUCUUAAAUAAGAAAAAAAAACUAAAUAAAUUAAUACGAAAAUCUAUGCAUUUUUUUCUUAAUUGA